CAGCCAUCACGGUUCACCGUUGAGUGUCCUCCACCGUGAACCCAUUUUUUCCCCUCCAACAUAUUCCAUCACGCCUGUUUUGACUGUUGUUGUUGUUGUUGUUGUUGUUGUUGUUGCGCCAUGUUGCGCCAGUACUCAAUCGUUUUGCCCACUUUGAUCUAAUCCUUCUUUUGCUUCGCGACUCUCGUUGCAACAAUUUACCUGAGCUUGCAUCCUUCGAGGUCGGCGCACCCGGCCACCACCGUGUACAAUAUGGCUUCAUUUCCACGGUUUCGGUUUUUAGCAAUUGCCGUCAUUUUUCACCUUGCCUACAUUUACUCUAUUUUCGACAUAUACUUCGUCAGUCCCAUCGUCUCGGGAAUGCGCCUGUUCGAAGUCGAAAGGUCACCAUCACAGCGAGCGCCUGCGGAUCGUCUAGUUUUGUUUGUGGGAGACGGAUUGCGCGCCGACAAAGCAUUUCAGUCCCACCCCGAGCCCUACCCGAAAUCCGACAACGACCUUGUGCCAAGACCCCUGGCCCCUUUUCUGCGAUCCAAGAUCCUCGAGAAAGGCACGUUUGGUGUUUCCCACACACGUGUUCCCACCGAAUCCAGACCAGGCCAUGUUGCGCUUAUUGCAGGUCUCUACGAAGAUGUCUCGGCUGUCACCACUGGCUGGAAGAUGAACCCGGUCAACUUUGACAGCGUGUUCAACCGCAGCAGACAUACUUGGAGUUGGGGUAGUCCCGAUAUUUUGCCAAUGUUUGAGCACGGUGCUGUUCCUGGGAGGGUUGAUGCUUACAUGUACGGCCAUGAAAUGGAGGACUUUUCGAGCGAUGCUCUUGUUUUGGAUCUUUGGGUAUUCGACCAUGUUAAGGAGCUGUUCGCCGAGGCCAAGACGAACAAGACGCUCGGUGAUGCGCUGCGACAAGACAGGAUUGUCUUCUUCCUGCAUCUUUUGGGAUUGGAUACCACCGGUCACUUCCACCGUCCGUAUUCCAAGGAGUACCUGAAUAAUAUCAAGGUGGUGGACCAAGGCGUAAAGGAAAUUACCGAGUUGAUCGAAGAUUUCUAUCGCGACGGCAGGACGGCAUUUGUGUUCACGGCCGACCAUGGUAUGAGUGACUGGGGAAGCCACGGCGACGGCCAUCCGGACAACACGCGAACUCCCUUGAUUUCUUGGGGCUCAGGGGUUGCCAAGCCUGAGCUGUACCCUGGAGGGGUGGCCCCUGGACAUGACGAGUACUCUUCGGACUGGAAUCUCGAUCACGUCAGGAGGCACGAUGUUGCGCAGGCGGACAUUGCUGCGCUCAUGGCUUAUCUUAUUGGGGUCGAGUUUCCCGCAAACUCGGUGGGCGAGUUGCCGUUACCUUUCCUUGCGGCCGAUUUGAAAGAAAAGGCCAAGGCAUCGCUUGUUAAUGCUCAGGGUGUCCUGGAGCAGUAUCGCGUCAAGGAGGAACAGAAAAUGGCUACCGAGCUCAGGUACAGACCUUAUAAGCCGCUGAGCGAGAACGGUCUUACGGCUGAACGUCGCGUUGCCGACGUCAAGAAGCUUAUCCGGAGUGGAAAUUAUGAGGAGGCGAUUGAGGAAUCUGCCGCCCUGAUGAAAAUCGGGCUCGGUGGUCUCAAAUACCUCCAGAGAUAUGACUGGCUGUUCUUGCGAGCUUUGAUCACCAUCGGGUACUUUGGCUGGAUGGCAUAUGCUCUGACGACUGUCAUUGAUUUGCAUGUCUUGCACGGAAAGGUGAAGCCUUCCAGAACACUGGGUGGCACUGUCGUCGCCUCGUCUAUCCUGGUUGCUCUUUACGCCUCCUUCGUCAUCUCCAAGUCGCCCCCUACCUACUAUCUCUAUGCUUUCUUCCCAGUAUUCUUCUGGGAGGGAGUCUAUGCUCGACGGGAAAGUAUUGCAGCGGGGGGCAAGCAACUGUUCGGCCACGUAAAGUCGGGCGCAAGUGUUGUUUCGCUUUUGUUCAACACGGCAAUUUACAUUGCAAUCAUCGUAUCACUGGCGCUGGGAUACAUUCACCGUGAGAUCUUGACUGGUCUCUAUGCAAUUGGCGCUUUCUGGCCUAUCGCCUAUGGAUUUUCUUUCCUGCGAGAGCAUGCUGCUCUGUCCGCCACAUGGUUCCUCUCAUGCCUGGCCAUGAGCACAUUCACAUUACUCCCGGCCAUGAAGACCGAGGAUGUUAAUCAAAUUGUUGGCGGUGGCUGUAUUAUGGUUCUUAUCGGCCUUGUUUAUCUGAUGUUUGAAGACUAUAUCCUCGCCGAUUUCUCCCGCCCUACCGAACAAGCCUCGCCAACGCAAAAUCACUUCUCCCGCACCCUUGUGGGCGUCCAAAUUGGCCUCACGGCCUUGGCCAUGGUUGUCACGCGCUCCAGCGCACUUUCGCUGCAGGCCAAACAAGGCCUUCCUCGAGGCAACCAAAUUGUAGGCUGGGUUGUCCUUGUGCUGUCUCUUCUGAUGCCUCUGGCCUAUAAGCUUGUACCCAGCAACGAGUCGAACACGCACUACCUCCAUCGGCUGCUCAUCAUCUUCCUCACCUGCGCCCCGACCUUUGUCAUCUUGACCAUCUCGUAUGAAGGCCUCUUCUACGUGGCUUUCUCUGCGGUGCUGGUCAGCUGGGUGAGACUCGAGCACGCCAUCUACCGCGCUUCGCCCCCUCCACCACCAUCUCCCGAGGGCAUCGACCACCGCCCUCUGACUCUUCCCGACCUUCGCACCUCGCUGUUCUUCCUGGUGCUCAUCCAGUCAGCAUUCUUCUCCACCGGAAACGUCGCCUCUGUUUCUUCCUUCUCUCUCGAGUCGGUGCUGCGGCUCAUUCCCAUCUUUGACCCCUUUUCGCAAGGCGCUCUGUUGAUCUUGAAGUUGAUGAUUCCAUUUGCUCUGAUUUCGGCCAAUCUUGGGAUUCUGAACAAGAGGCUGGGGGUUGCGCCCUCGGCGCUGUUUAUGACGGUUAUGGCGGUCAGUGACGUGUUGACGCUCUAUUUCUUUUGGGUGGUCAAGGAUGAAGGGUCGUGGCUUGAGAUUGGGAGCACGAUCAGCCACUUUGUGAUUGCGAGCUUGUUGUGUGUGUUUGUGGCGGCUUUGGAGCCGGUUAGCGGGGUGUUUAUCUCGGGGGUGGAGGUUGAGAGGGAGGAGAAUGUUGUUGGAAAUGGGGAGAAGAAAAAUGGGGUAGUGGGCGAUGGGAAGGCUGACGGGAGGAUAUGAUGGGGAGUAUGUGGAAUGUGGGGGGUGUCAUGUGGAUACUAAAAGGAAGGUAUAUAUAAAAUGAUGGGCAGUACCUAUAUAGCGAGGUAUUGGGUAGGGAGGUGACAUAAAAGAAUACAUAUAUCAUGAACCUGACA